CCAAAUCAACAAUUUAUCAGUUUCAAAAAUUCUUUUGAAGCUCUGAGUUUCAUGGCUGCCAAGCUUCUUCCAUGGUUUCUUCUUCUUCAUAUAUUCGUUUACGUUAUUCCUUUCUCUUCUUCCCAGCCUCAGAAUAUUGAAACUUCCUUUCCAAUUGACAUUCCAGCGCCUACAGCAGCACCCAAUUCACCAACAAAUCCACUAAUUCUAUCGCCUCCACAAGAAUCACCACAAUUACAACCCCCGCCCCCGCUGCCCCCGCCGCCAGAGUCAAAUUCAUCGUCCAAUCAGAAAACCGUUGUAAAGGCAGUAGCUGCCACUGCAGCCAGCACUAUUGUUGUUUCUGCUGUUUUUUUCUUUGUACUGCAGAAGUAUUUUAUUGCACGGCGUCGAAGAGACAAGGUUGUUAAUGUUUCCCCGCCUGGAAAUAGUCCCCAGGGCGGCCGGCUUGCCGCUUUGCCUCCAAACGAGUUCACAAAAUUCGACGGAAAUGUCAGAGGGUUGAUUGUGGAUGAAAAUGGGUUGGAUGUGCUUUACUGGAGAAAGCUUGAAGAGGGUGACAAUAAUCAGCUCAGGAGUUUUGAGAAAGAAGUUCUACAGGGUCCUCCGAGUAGUAGUGACGGAGGUAAAUUAGAUGAAACUAUGAUGAAUAAGCCUGACGAAAUACAAGAAGUUCCUCUACUUAGUCUUAGAGGAAGUUCUUCAUCAUCUUCCUACAAUUCGAUUAGACCUGAAGAGAAUUAUCAAGAUCCAGUUAUGGCUUCUGAGGAGCCCCCAGCAUCAGUUUCCUUCAAGACUAUUGGUGAAAAAGAACCACCUGUUCAACCGUCUACUCCUCCUCCUCCCUCGGCGCCACCGCUGCCAAGUCAAAACAACAACAGACCUUCGCCUCCUCCGCCACCUCCAGGAACGAAAAAUCCUGGUCCGCCUCUUCCGCCACCGCCAGGAAAGAAAAAUCCCGGUCCGCCUCUUCCACCACCUCCAGGAAAGAAAAAUCCCGGUCCGCCUCUUCCACCACCUCCAGGAAAGAAAAAUCCUAGUCCACCUCCUCCACCGCCACAGGCUGGUGGUUUGAGAACAUCCUUAAAUCCAUCGACUGAGGGUAAAGUAAGAGAUUCUUCUGCAGCUGGAAAUGGUCAAGUAAAAUUGAAGCCGUUGCAUUGGGAUAAGCUGAACAAAAACGCUGAAAAAUCAAUGGUGUGGGACAAAAUUGAUAAUGGUUCUUUCAGGUUUGAUGGUGAUUUGAUGGAAGCACUCUUCGGAUAUGUUGCAACUGAUCGAAAAUCGCCUCCAAGAACCAAUGACUCAAGGAACCCAAAAAGUCCGAACUCACAGACUAUAAUCCUUGAUGCCCGAAAGUCUCAGAAUACUGCAAUUGUGCUCAAAUCAAUGGCACUUUCACAGAAAGAACUAAUCAAUGCUCUUAAGGAAGGCAAAGGCCUAAAUACAGAAACUCUUGAAAAACUUGACAGGAUUGCCCCAACUAAAGAGGAACAAUCUGAAAUUAUCAAAUUUGAAGGUGAUCCCACAAGGCUAGCUGAUGGUGAAGCCUUCCAUUUCCACAUUCUGAAAGCCAUUCCCUCAGCAUACACUCGUCUUCAUGCCAUGUUAUUUAGAUCGAACUAUGACACAGAGAUUCUCCAUCUCAAGGAGUCUAUACAAACGCUUGAGUUGGGAUGUAGAGAGCUUCGAAAUCGAGGACUCUUUAUGAAGCUUUUGGAGGCAAUACUCAAGGCUGGAAACAGAAUGAAUGCAGGCACUUCCCGAGGCAAUGCGCAGGCUUUCAACCUGACAGCUCUUAGGAAACUCUCUGACGUUAAAUCCACUGAUGGUAAAACCACUCUGCUUCACUUUGUGGUUGAAGAAGUGGUUCGUGCAGAGGGAAGACGUUGUGUUAAUACCAAUAAUAGCUUAAGUCGCGGCAGCAGCCGGAGUAGCAUAAAUUCCGAUUAUUCAACACCUAAAGAGGAUAAAGAAAAGGAAUAUAUAACGCUAGGAUUACCAGUAGUAGGAGGCCUCAGUGCCGAGUUCUCUAAUGUUAUAAAAGCAGCCACAAUUGAUUAUGAAACUUUUUCUUCAACCUGCUCUUCUCUCUCAGCCCGAGCAACAGAAAAUCGGGAGCUUGUAUCCGAAUGCUCUGCUGAUGGAAGAGAAGGAUUUGUUAAGGAAAUGAAAGGAUUUCUUGAAGCAGCCGAAAUAGAGCUGAAGGUGGUGAGAGAAGAGCAAACAAGGGUAAUGCAACUUGUAGGGAAAACUGCAGAAUAUUAUCAAACAGAAGCUGCAAAGAAAGAAGGAGCACAUCACCUGCAACUGUUUGUCAUAAUUAAAGAUUUUCUGGGGAUGGUUGAUCAAGUUUGCGUGGAAAUUGCUAGAAAUUUGCAGAGGAGGAGAGCUUUGGCGUCAGGCAUUGGAUCGCCACCAGGGUUGAGAACUGUAAGGUUUCCAAAAUUGUCGGAACAUUUCUUGACGGAUAAGUCCAGGAGCAAUUCUGUUGAAUCAGAUUCUGAUUCUGAUUAAUCCUGAAGAGGUACAUAAAUAUUUGUUUGAAGAUAAAAUUGAUUAAUGUAAAUUGAUUUUGAUUUUAGAGCAAAGAUUCGAAAGGAAAAUACAUACAACUGAGUGAAUUUUUUUUUUUUAAUACUGAAAAUGUAAGAUUAUUUUGCAAAUAUUGGUAAAUUUUCAAUGAAUUAGUAAUUGUUUAA